UUUUGAAUUUUCAAAUUGUCAUCGUUCAUUUAGUUUUGUGAUCAUCGUAGAAGGUAACAUGUGUUCUUACGAUAAAUCGUUAAUACUAUUCGAGAUUUUACGUUCACGAAGAUAUACGAUUUACAUUUACGAGGUCCUAAGUGUCCUCUCUUGAGAUUUCCCGCGCGAUGUACGACGACAACGUACGUAUUAUCGUUGGACCGAUAAAGUGUUGUCAGAUCGCGUGUUCUCUUAUUGGGAUCGUGCGACGAUUGGUGAAGUCUAUUCGUGACACAAUGUUGGAAUUCUUUACACCUGUCCAAGGUUCUUUGAAUCGUCAGCCGGAACCGGGACAACCCGUACCUGCUGGACCAUCUCUACCAUUUCGUUCGACCGGAGACAACAAUAACGCAGACCGUAAAUCUAACGAUUUUACAGAAUCGUCGGUUUCCGUGAAGACGGAAUCCGGACUACUGGAAACGAUCUGUGCCGGAUGCGGGCGUACGAUCACGGAUAAGUACGUGAUGAGAGUAAUGGAAAGAAACUAUCACGAGGAGUGCCUCUCGUGUGCGGCAUGUGCCGCACCGUUGUCGCAAUCCUGUUUCAUACGUGACCUCAAGUUUUAUUGUCGAUCCGAUUACGAGAGGAUCUUUAGCGUUAAGUGUGCCCGAUGUAUGGAGAAGAUCAGCUGCAGCGAGAUGGUCAUGAGAGUUGCUGGUUUGAUCUUCCACAUGGAAUGUUUUGCCUGCUGCAUGUGCGGCCAACCAUUGCAAAGGGGCGCUCAUUAUAUUUUGCGUCAGGGACAACCUAUCUGCCUUCAGGACUUGGAACACGAGCUUUACAUGAAAAGUCCUCAAGAUGACGAUUUAUUGGACGAAAAUCGACCACGAGAUGGUAGAAGGGGACCUAAACGGCCACGAACCAUCCUCACAUCGGCUCAAAGGCGACAGUUCAAAGCGUCCUUUGAAGUCUCGCCAAAGCCUUGCAGGAAGGUACGAGAGGCUCUGGCAAAGGACACGGGUCUCAGCGUUCGCGUCGUACAGGUCUGGUUUCAAAAUCAAAGGGCGAAAAUGAAGAAGCUACAGAGGAAAGCGAAAACAGAACCUGGAUCUGACAAAGAGCCUAAGGAAGAACGAAGGACGGAAAGUCCUCAUAGCGAUCACAGUCAUUACUUGAACGCCAUAAAUAUGCGUGACGGUGAAUCAUCGAAUUUUCCUUCGGCAACACAACCGCUUAACCCUAAUCAUCCCUUCUCACCAGACGAUAAUUAUCCAGCCAAUUCUGGUGACAGUUUCUGCAGUACGGAUGAAUCGCUUGACGGUGUCGUUGGUUUUGAAAUUGGCGAAAAUGAAAGUGGCGGUGCUGAUGGAAGUCAUCAGGGUGGUUCUCAUUCCCAUCAUGGUUCUUCCUCACACGAAGCACCCUCGUUAUCUCAGGGUUUACAUGCGGCUAUUCACAAUCCUAUCGAUAAACUGUUUAUGAUGCAGAGUAGUUAUUUCAGUGGUGAUCACGCGUAAUCAUAAGUUUUAUUUCCGUGUUGUAUAUUAUUUCUUUCCUAUUUCUAUCUCUCUCUCUUUCUCUCUUUCUAACUCUCUCUCUCUCUGUCACUGUCACAUUUUUUCCUCGUCUAACGAAAAGAAGCAAAAAUAUGUUGUUGGCUUGUUCUAACGAAAGAAACGAAAAAUGACAUUAACAAAAUAAUAUUAAUAAAAAAAGGAGGCUACAAAGUUUUAUCAUCGAUGCUCGUAUUAUAUACAGCGUAUCCUUGUAACUGACUGUACAAAUUAACAAAAUGAAUGAUUUUACAAGACAAUUUAAUUCUAACGAAAAAUCAAACAUGCAAAAAAACAUUACUCGUUCAUACAAUGUUACUUUGUUUUUGUGAUAAUUAAAUUUGAAAAUUUAACAAGCGUUCAUUUGAUUCAUUUUUUGUGCU